CUGAUAUUCACCUUUGCCAAUAACCGCCAUAGCCCAAGCAUCUUCAGCAUAGACGAUGGUUUUAACUUCCCUGGCCGUCUUAUGGCCAGGCCUAACCGACCAAUCCUCCUACCUCCUCCUCGCAGCCCUCAUCGCCACCACCGCAACUUUCCUCCUCCACUUCCUGGACCCUCUAUCCUCCAUCCCGGGACCCUUCUGGGCCCGCUGGUCACCCCUCUGGAUGAUCAACCACUCCCUCAACGGCGACAUGCACCGCACCAUGAUCCACCUCCACGACAAGCACGGCGCCCUCGUCCGCACAGGGCCAAAGGAGGUCAGCACGUCCGAUCCAUCGGCGAUCCAGGAGAUCUACGGUUCGUGCGUCGGAUCCAAGUUCAUGAAAAGCGACUGGUACAGCGUGUGGCAGGGUCGACGCAAAUUCGACCUCUUUCCCGAGCGCGACGCGAAGGUGCAUGGGUCGCAGCGCCGAUUCGUGAAUUCGAUUUACUCGAUGAGCGGGUUGAGGGAGCUGGAGCCGUAUCUCGAUGAUGUGUUGAGGGUGUUGCUUGAUCGGCUGGGGGAGGUGGAUGGGAAGAGGAUCGAUAUGAGCUAUUGGGCUCAGUUGUUUGCGUUUGAUGUAAUCGGUGAACUCACUUUCUCGAAACGGUUCGGCUUCCUUGACACGGCCAACGAUAAAGGAACCUUUGCGCAGAUUGAAAGUGCACUUCAGUCUGCCGCGUGGAUCGGACAGGUGCCCUGGCUAUACUGGGUGCAUGAUUGGCUGGCGCCGUGGAUUGGAAACCACCUCGGAAUCACGAACCGGAAUGGCAUCCUCCGGCAGAUCGCAGCGAAGGAGGUCGAACAGCGCAAGACCAGGGAUGGCGCGCACCGAGACAUCCUGGAGAAGUUGAUGAAGGUGCAUCGCAAAACUCCGGAGCAGUUCGAUGGGACGGCCGUGUUGUCGAUGGCAUCGAGCAAUAUUUUUGCUGGGAGUGAUACCACGGCUAUUUCUAUCGGGGCGAUCCUGUAUUAUUUGUGCAAGUACCCGGAUUUCAAAGCGAGGCUGGUGGAUGAGAUUCUGGCCGAGGCGAAGGAGGGGAGCAUUGAGCGGGGACUGGUGCCGUGGGAGGUCGCGAGGAAAAUGCCCUACUUGCAGGCUUGUAUCCAUGAGGGCUUGCGGUGUCAUCCGGCCGUUGGGAUGUCCAUGCCACGGGUUGUGCCGGCGGAGGGCAUUACGGUAGAUGGGAAGUAUCUUCCCGGUGGGACCGUCAUCGGAGCCAACCCAUGGGUCGUGCACCGGAACAAGCAGGUCUUCGGGGAUGACGCGGAUACCUUUCGACCCGAUCGGUGGCUCGAGGAUGAUGCAAAUGUAAAAGAACGAUUCUUCCUUGCAUUCGGGGCGGGAUCGCGAACCUGUUUGGGCAAGAGUUUGAGUUUGAUUGAGAUCUCCAAGCUUUUGCCGUGCUUAUUGCUCGAAAAUGAUAUGGAAUUCGCGGAUCCUAGUGCCGAUAUUGUGGAAAGCUGCUGGUGGUUUGUGAAGAUCCAAGGGCUGUUCCUCCGUUUGACACGGCGGGAGGGCUUUUCUUGAAUGACCGUGUAUUGGUUAUCGUAAAGAGACGAGUUGGUGUCGCAAAUACCCCGUUCCAUGUUGACAGGGAGCUUAGCGGCGUACCUACGGCUCUAUAUAGUGGAAGACUACUCAUUACGAGCAGUACGAGUCGGGUGUUUAGAAGUCCUCUCCCAAGGAUCUCUCUCUGAUUAUCUACUGGGAUCGGUGAAUUCUAGCAGUGUCGAUUGGUCUAUCUUGAACGAACCUCGGUUAGUACAUAAGAGGUGUAAAGGCUUUGAAUGAAGUCCUCCUUUCGCGCAGUGAUCAUCCUGUCAAAACGGCACUUUGGACCUUUCUUAAUGGCACAUAUCAUACUUCUCUCUGUCAUGCGAUUCCUACUUCUUCCGGAACAUAUU